GUAAAUUACAUGUCAUUUGUAGCCUUUUUAGAUAUAUAAUGUACAAUAUGACAUGAUUUCUCUGUUCUUUAGACUGGAGAGUUUUUAAGCAGUGGUCGUCUUCCAACAGCCUGUGGAGUUCAACUAUGUCUUCUCUCAAGACUGUUUUAAAUGACUCUCUCAUUAUUCAUCCUCCGGGCUUCUAUAUCAUUGGAUUUGAAACAUUUCCCUUUAUCAGUGUCUACUUCAUCUUUCUAGCAUUUGUUUAUGUGGUUACAGUGUUGUCCAAUAGUUUGGUGAUCUAUGUAAUUGCCUUUAAUCAUUGUUUACACACUCCAAAAUUUCUGGCUGUCGUUAACCUGGCAGUAGUUGAUGUAAUCCUAAACACAUGCACAAUUCCUAGCAUGCUAAAGAUAUUCCUUGUUAAGGAUAACUUUAUUCCAUUCAACCUCUGUCUGUUACAAAUGUUUGUCUACUAUGCUAUAGUAUCUAUGGAGUCAUGUGCACUUGCUAUACUUGCCUAUGACAGGUUAAUUGCAAUAUGUUUCCCUCUGCGUCACAACUCGAUCAACACACUGCGGAGCAUGUCUUGUAUUGUUGGCCUGACUUGGUCUUUUGCUCUGGGAGUUAUCACAAUUUCAACAUCUAUAAUGACUCGACUGUCUUUUUGCAAUUCUGUCAGAGUGUUCAGCUAUUUCUGUGACUAUGCACCUGUGUUUAGACUCGCUUGUAAUGAUUACACAAUGCAGUGGUAUGUAGCUUCUUUUCUCUCGGUUUUUCUCCUUGGAGGACCCUUUACUUUUAUUCUUCUGUCUUAUGUCAGCAUCCUGGUAACCGUGUUUAAGAUGAAAUCUUUAGACAGUCGGGUGAAAGCUUUGGCCACUUGUGUUGAGCAUAUCAUCCUGGUUGCUGUAUUUUACAUUCCUCUCUUUGUCAUUUUUACCAUCGGAUUUUAUCUGCGUCAGAUUGACCCAGACCAGCGUGUGCUGAGCCUGUCGCUGGCCUCUUGCAUCCCACCUUGCAUCAAUCCUAUUGUAUAUUCUUUGAAAACCAAAGAGAUCAAAAUCAGAGCCCUUGCAAUGUUAAGAAAAAUAUGAUUUGCCUCUGAGGGUGGUUUGUGUAAAAGGUUAAAAA